AUGGAGGUGGAAGCGGCGAGGAGGGAUGCGUCGGCGCUUGACCCGGAGCUGCUGCAGCUGCCAGAACUCGCGCCGGGCGCGCUCCGGGAGAACUCAAGCAUAGCCGAGGCACUCUACUUGCAGUGGCUCGUGCUGCCUGAGUCGUCCAAGCUGUGCCUCUCUACGAGUUUAGAUUGGUAUGUUCGUAUCAGGAUUGCUAGCUUAAGCCGAGGAUACAAAGCGUCGGGGUCUGGUACAUCAAAGGCUAAGCUGGAUGCCCUCUGCCUUGCUGCUUUGGUGCCCAAUGCUUCUGCUAGAGAAGGUGUCUGCCUGUUGGUGAAAUCUUUGAUUGAAGAUGCAAAAGCCGGUGCCACACUGAAUGUUGCUGGGAGCUCUGCUAGCACAAAUGCCGCUUCAAGUAGUUCUUUGCCGUCGAUGUUCCCUGCUGGUAGUGCCCCCCCACUUUCUCCCAGGAGCACUGCUGGCUCUCCCCGUGUUAUGAGACGAGGAUCUAGUGCUGGACCAUCAUCCUUGGGAUCUCCUCUAAAAUUAGUCAGUGAACCUGUGAGAGAAGUUAUACCCCAGUUUUACUUCAAACAUGGGCGCCCUCCACCAAAAGAUUUGAGGGAGCAGUGUUUGUCUAGACUAGAUCACCUUUUUUUUGCCGGGGAAGGACUCCAGAUUCAAGAAUUCAGACCAGUUAUAAAAGACAUAUGCAAGUUGCCAUCGUACCUCUCUGGUGUUCUUUUCAAGAAGAUUGACGCCACUUGCUCUGGAACUGUAACAAGGGAUGCGUUUAUCGAUUACUGGUUUAAUGACAAUAAGAUCACAAUGGACACGGCUACCCAGAUAUUUGAAAUACUAAGAAAGCCAGGUUACAGUUAUCUCACUCAGGAGGAUUUUAAGCCUGUUCUAAAAGAACUCCUGGCAACUCACCCAGGUUUAGAGUUUUUACAAGGCACUCCCGAGUUUCAGGACAGAUACGCUGAGACUGUAAUAUACAGAAUCUUCUACUCCAUAAAUAGAUCUGGAAAUGGUCAUCUUACCCUUAGAGAGCUAAAACGUGGGAAUUUAGUAGCUGCAAUGCAGCAACUUGAUGAGGAAGAGGAUAUCAACAAAAUACUGAGAUAUUUCUCAUACGAGCAUUUUUAUGUAAUCUACUGCAAAUUUUGGGAGCUGGACACAGAUCAUGAUUUCUUGAUUGACAAAGAGAACCUUAUCAGAUAUGGAAAUCAUUCGUUGACCUAUAGAAUAGUCGAUAGAGUCUUUUCACAGGUCCCAAGGAAAUUCACAAGCAUGACCGAAGGAAAGAUGGGUUAUGAGGAUUUUGUUUACUUCAUCUUGUCAGAGGAAGAUAAAUCAUCUGAGCCUAGCCUUGAGUACUGGUUUAAGUGCAUUGAUCUUGAUGGCAAUGGUAUUUUAACUACCAAUGAAAUGCAGUUUUUCUAUGAGGAGCAGUUGCAUCGUAUGGAGUGCAUGGCACAGGAACCUGUGCUUUUUGAGGACAUACUAUGCCAAAUGAUUGAUAUGAUUGGACCAGAGAAUGAGACAUAUUUUACAUUGAGGGACUUGAAAAAGUGUAAACUCUCGGGAAAUAUAUUCAAUAUCUUAUUUAAUCUCAACAAAUUUAUGGCGUUUGAAACUCGUGAUCCAUUCCUCAUUCGCCAGGAGCGUGAAAAUCCAACUCUAACUGAGUGGGAUCGGUUCGCCCAUAGGGAAUACAUCAGGCUGUCGAUGGAAGAGGAUGGUGAAGAUGCUUCAAAUGGAAGUGGUGAUGUGUGGGACGAGUCACUUGAAGCUCCAUUUUGA